CUCCCACCAUGCAACCAAACUGCAGUCAUCUCCACAACAUCCAAGGGAGUGGUGAUGACUCUUCAUCUCAGAGCGCCCACGCAGUGAGGUUGUCAGGAGAGAGCUCAUGCCAUCUUAGCGGAGAUGUUCGCAUACAGCUAAACUCUGCUGUGGGAGAAGCCAGAGAAAAUGCAAGUUCCCGGCAUUCAAGGCCGGGUUCCCAAAGUCGCUCACACGGACAUGCCCACAGCGAAGCAGGGGGGCUCGAUGACGCCACUCCAGACUCAGAGGAACACAGCGGCAGCUCCCUCUCAGAGCUCAGAUACCUCCUCCAGUGGCUGCACAAAAGUCUGCCGUAUAUCUUGAUUCUGUGUGUCAAAUUGAUCAUGCAGCAUAUAAUUGGCAUUUCUCUUGGAAUUGGGCUGCUAACAACUUAUAUGUAUGCAAACAAAAGCAUAGUAAAUCAGGUUUUUCUAAGAGAACGGUGCUCCAAGUUGCAAUGUGCUUGGUUACUAGUAUACCUAACUGGAUCAUCUCUCCUCUUGUAUUACACCUUUCAUUCUCAGUCACUGUAUUACAGCUUAAUCUUCUUAAACCCUACUGUGGAUUUUAUGAACUUCUGGGAGGUACUUUGGAUUGUGGGAGUCACAGACUUUAUUCUGAAAUUCCUCUUCAUGGGCUUCAAGUGCUUUAUUCUCUUGGUGCCUUCUUUUAUGAUGUCCUUUAAAUCCAAGGGCUACUGGUACAUGCUGUUAGAAGAACUCUGCCAGUAUUACCGUAUGUUUGUCCCCAUACCAGUUUGGUUCCGUUAUCUUAUUGGCUAUGGGGAGCUGGACAGUGUACUAGGAUGGACCCUUGGGAUAUUGCUGGGCCUUCUCUACCUCAUCCUAAAACUUUUGAGCUUUUUUGGACAAUUGAGAAACUUCAGGCAGGUCUUACGGAUAUUUUGUACACGACCACACUAUGGGGUGACGGCCAGCAAGAGACAGUGUUCUGAAUCGGAUGAUAUUUGUUCUAUCUGCCAAGCUGAAUUUCAGAAGCCUAUUCUGCUUAUCUGUCAGCACACAUUUUGUGAAGAAUGCAUCUCUUUAUGGUUUAAUAGAGAAAAAACGUGUCCACUCUGCAGAACUGUUAUUUCAGACCAUGUUAACAAGUGGAAGGAUGGAGCUACAUCUAUGCAUCUACAGAUUUUCUAAAGCAUGUCAAAUAACUUGUUUUACAGUUUGUUUGUUCAAGCUAAGUUUUUUCAGUUUACUGCAGAUUAAAUUGUAGGUGGCACAAGGAAUGAGUUUCCAAAUUCUAGAUAUCAUGCUUCUAUGAAAUGUUCCAGCAUUUAAAACAAUGCAGAAAAUGUUAACUUGACCUUCUUAAGU